CAUUUUGUAAGGUUAUAAGAUAUACUUGCUGGUCUACCUCCCGUCUACGACAACCUGUAGUUUUCUGUAGUGCCAUGGACGGCCGGUUAGAGACUGAUCUGUAUCCUCUGGGAUCCAGUUACGUCACUGAAAUAGACAGUGUCCAUGAUAUAACAGUCGGCACAAAGAGGGGAUCUGACGAACUCUUUUCCUCCUGCAUACCUAACGGACCUUAUAUAAUGAGCUCUGGAGCAGCAAAUGGUAAUGACAGCAAGAAGUUCAAAGGGGAGAUCAGGAGCCCUGGCAUUCCUUCAAGAGUGAUACAUGUACGCAAACUGCCAAAUGACAUAAACGAAGCAGAAGUCAUUUCUUUGGGGCUUCCCUUUGGAAAAGUCACUAACCUUCUGAUGCUGAAAGGAAAGAACCAGGCCUUCCUGGAGAUGAACACAGAGGAGUCAGCACAGACCAUGGUCAGCUACUACUCCUCUGUCACCCCUGUCAUCCGUAACCAUCCGAUCUACAUGCAGUAUUCCAAUCACAAGGAACUGAAGACUGACAACUCACCCAACCAAGUCAGAGCACAGGCAGCACUGCAGGCUGUGAAUGCGGUCCAGACAGGAAGCCUGUCUUUGAGCGCUGUUGAUGGAGCAGGUAUGGGCAGCCAGAGCCCUGUGCUGAGAGUUAUCGUUGAAAACCUCUUCUACCCAGUUACUCUUGAUGUCCUUCACCAGAUCUUCUCAAAGUUUGGGACAGUUUUGAAGAUCAUAACAUUUACCAAAAACAACCAGUUCCAAGCACUGGUUCAGUACUCAGAUGGAAUGACUGCACAGCAUGCAAAGCUGUCUUUGGAUGGACAGAACAUCUACAAUGCCUGCUGUACCCUUCGCAUCAGUUUUUCUAAACUCACCAGCUUGAAUGUUAAGUACAACAACGAUAAGAGCAGAGACUACACUCGUCCUGACCUACCUACAGGAGACAGUCAGCCCUCCCUCGAUGCACAGACGAUGGCUGCAGCUGCCUUGUCUGCUCCUGGUAUCAUCUCUGCAUCGCCAUAUGGGGCUCAUGGUUUCCCACCAACGUUUACCAUUCAGCAGGCAGCAGGUCUGUCACUGCAGGGCAUGCCUUCCGGGGCUCUCGCAUCGCUUGGUAUCCACGGUGCUGCGGCGGCCGCUGCUGCUGCUGCUGGACGCCUGAGUUUUUCCAGUCUCACUGCAGGAGGAAACAGUGUCCUGCUAGUCAGCAACCUUAACCCUGAGAGCGUUACGCCCCAAUGCCUCUUUAUUCUUUUCGGCGUGUAUGGUGAUGUCAUGAGAGUGAAGAUCCUGUUCAACAAGAAGGAAAAUGCAUUGGUGCAGAUGUCUGAUGGAACCCAAGCCCAGCUAGCCAUGAGUCACUUGAAUGGGCAGAAACUGUAUGGUAAGGCUUUGCGGGCCACUCUUUCCAAACACACCACGGUACAGUUGCCACGUGAAGGCCAUGAGGAUCAGGGGCUCACCAAGGAUUACAGCAACUCUCCUCUUCACCGCUUUAAAAAGCCAGGCUCCAAGAACUACUCCAACAUCUUCCCUCCUUCCUCUACUCUCCAUCUCUCCAACAUCCCUCCUGCUGUCACUGAGGAUGAUCUCAGAGGAUUGUUUCUAAGUUCAGGAGCUGUGGUUAAGGCUUUCAAGUUUUUCCAGAAAGAUCGUAAAAUGGCUCUCAUUCAAUUGGGCUCUGUGGAGGAAGCAAUUGAGUCUCUGAUCAAAUUUCACAAUCACGACCUGGGAGAGAACCAUCACCUCAGAGUGUCCUUUUCCAAGUCCACCAUCUGAUGGAGGCUGUUUUGUUUUAAAGAGGUUGAAAGGACUGUCACUUUAGACCAAACUGUAAGCCUUCCACAAUUUAUAUCACUGUGGACAAAUGUGUUCCACAACACACACUUGAUCAUUCCUUUAAUUAUAUCUAUAUUCACAUGUAUGUCUAUUUUGUAAUUCCACUUUAAACAAGUAGACAAGAGGAACUCUUCAACCCAAUGUGACUUGGGUUUUAAUAGUACGUUUUCUCAGACGGUUUGUUUCAUGACUUUGUUCAUUGUUGGCACACAUCGGUUUUGGAUCAUAGAUGCUGCGUAGUUUACACUUGUGCCUCUGCGGAAAGCCGCACCCCUUCAGGUUGCACAUGCAAAAGCCUUGUUUCGUUUGUCGAACCUGUAAUUAACCUUUUCGAACUUAUUCCCUUUACAAAAAAAGGAAGUGUGCCUUACAUGGUGCUUAAAGUUAAUCUUCAUGGCCUUAGUGAUAUUUUGAUGUUUUUUGGCCUCUUUACAAGAACCAUUAACCUCAAACCUAAAAAAAACCUACCUGCUGUUCCUAGGUGGUCCCCAUUUAAAUUUGACUUGUGAAAACAAGAACGUUUUCCUGCGAAAUUUUUUCUGGUAAAUUACUUUAGUUUAUUAACAGGCUUUGGUUUUGUACCUGACUGUCACAGCUUAUUUUGCAUAUAGUUAUUCUAAAUGUGGACCUUUUCCUUAUGUACCGUAUGUAAGAUAUUCUAUAAUCUAUAGUUUCAUUCCUUUUUUUUAUUGUAGUCACACGCAUACUUCUAUACUGUCGUCUAUUUGGGCUUUAACCCACUGUGUACUCUGCCUAGACUGUUAUAUUGUCAGUUUACUUGGGGGAAACGUUUUAUAAUUUCCCCAUUUUACCCCAUUGCCUUGCUGCUUAUGGGUUUUGUCAGUUAUGAAACCGCUUGGAACCAAACCAGAGUUCACUGAUUUUUACAUAAUUUGAUUACUCUGUGUGCGGUAAAAUAAGUCAGAUUAGUUUUUCUGUUAUCUAGUUCACGUGUUUUAAUGAACAUGUAAAUUUCGACCUUCAAAAACACUUCUUUUUUUGAGGAGGUCUCUUAUUGUCACUUGCCAUUUAUGUUCAAGAAAAUGUAACAUUACAGAGUCUUAAGUUCCUAUGUGACAUUUGUGUGAACCGAGACACCUGUGACAAGACUUGGGUUUGUUUUUGGCACUUCUGUGUUUGUGGGGGGGUGGCAUUAAGGCCACGGUCUUUUCGAAACAUCCAUGUCAUGUUUGUGGCAGAAGUCCUAACGCUCAGACAUUCCCUUUUACCUUUGAGCUUGUACUUGUAACCUUUAUAUUUUAGUGGGGUUUUUCGCCUUUGCAAUUAAUAUUUGCUUGGGUUUUUUUUUUUUUUUUUUUUCUUCCUGAAGAGUAGCAUGAUGGACCAAAGCAUUUUCCAUGCACUGCGAGACAGUUUUUGAUAUUUCCUGUAUCUUACUGUGCAGCAAUAUUCUGUUUCAUUGACUGCUUUGAUUUCAGUGAGCAGAGGCAAAAAGUUUAGAGGCCUUAUCUUUAUAUUAUUGCCUUUGUUUACAAGACCUUAAAAGAAAACAAUACACAAGACAUUGUGGGCUUUUUUGGCCUAAAGCAUGGAUCAAAACAUUAUUUCUGUUGUCGGAACAGAACCAAACAAAAGUCUUAAAGUAGCGAUAGAGCUCCUUUCUAUUGCGUUUAUAAUAGAUACUACUUUCUAUUGCGUAUAUAGUUAUACUUGUUUUUCCCACUACGGAUGUAAUGUUGAGAAACCGAAUGGGUGAGGGCUACUGUGUAUAUAUAUAUUUUUUUGUUUUGUACCAGUAUAUGAAAAUCAGCAUCAUUUCUGUGUCAAACAUGUAUAUUUUGAUAAGGUAAUAGCAGACAUUCAGCUCAUUGUAGAGCCUUCCUUUUUUAUUACACAAUAUUAAAGAGAUUUCAACACGUGUCUGAACAUGUAAUUGCCCCCUUGAAAGCAUAACCUUCUUUUGAUAUAGAUGCUCAUACUUUUCUGUCUUCAAUAAAUCUUUCUUUCUUGCUUUCA